CCUUCGUCUUCUCCUCCUCCUUCGUGGUGCAGGAAGAACCCAUCCUUGCUCUUCCAUGUUAUUUCCCUUCCCUGUUCAAGAAGCUCUGCCCAGGAAGAGCAGCUCUCCUUCCUUCAAGAGAUGGCACAACGGUGGCGUAAAACUGACCUACUUUACCGGGCGAGAAGAGGAUGCCUUGAAGGCGCUCGAGGGGGUUCCUUCCAAUCCCUUGCGGGGGAAAAGCAAAAGUUCCGAAAUCGGUCCAGACCCCAGAGCCAGCAGAAAUGGUAGAGCGGCUGCACUGCCUAAGACUUGCCGGGAACUGCAAUCCCCCCUAACAAAAUAAAGGAACGUUCCCAAGCUCUAUUAAAUGCGACACGAGAAGUCAUCCCACUCCCUUAUCCUUUCCAGCGCCCGCUCCCACCUUUAGAGGAAGGGGGGUAGAUGGGGGCGUGGCUUGUGCGACCUUGGCUCCGCCCCGCUUUGCUGGUGGCUGCGCGCGGCGGCCAAGAGAAGGCAGAGAGGAGGAGGAGGAGGAAGAAGAGGAGGAAGAAGAGGCUUUGGUGGCCGCAGCGGGACCGCGGCUGGUGGAGCUCCGCCGGCCCCACUGCCGGCUCUGGUCCUGGACCUUGCCCUUGCGGAGGGAAGAAGCCAGCCAACCUCGACGGAGCCCAGGGAGUGAGCGAGCGAGCGAGGAUGCUCGGCGUCCGUCUCCCGUUGCCUUGGGCGCUGCUGUGGCCGCUGCUGCUCUUGCCCGGCGGGGCGCUCCGGAGCGGGCUGGGCAGCGCGGCUGGGAGCCAAGUGAAUUUAUUGGACUCACGAUCAGUAAUGGGGGAUCUUGGAUGGAUCGCAUUUCCAAAGAAUGGGUGGGAAGAAAUUGGCGAGGUCGAUGAAAACUAUGCUCCAAUCCAUACCUAUCAAGUAUGUAGAGUAAUGGAACAGAGUCAGAACAACUGGCUCCUCACCAACUGGAUCUCCAACAGUGGAGCAUCACGGAUCUUCAUUGAACUGAAAUUUACCCUUAGGGAUUGUAACAGCCUUCCUGGAGGUCUUGGGACUUGCAAAGAGACAUUUAAUAUGUACUACUUUGAAACAGAUGACGAAGAUGGGAGGAAUGUGAAAGAAAACCAAUACAUCAAGAUAGAUACCAUUGCAGCCGAUGAGAGUUUUACAGAGUUAGACCUCGGCGACAGGGUCAUGAAGCUGAACACAGAAGUAAGGGAUGUUGGGCCUCUGACCAAAAAGGGAUUUUACCUUGCUUUCCAGGAUGUGGGGGCAUGCAUUGCAUUGGUGUCUGUUCGAGUGUAUUACAAGAAGUGCCCCGUGGUGGUUCGGAACCUGGCCAUCUUUCCUGACACCAUCACGGGAGCAGAUUCUUCCCAGCUGCUGGAAGUCUUGGGGUCAUGUGUGAACCACUCGGUGACAGAUGAACCCCCCAGGAUGCACUGCAGUGCCGAAGGGGAGUGGCUGGUGCCAAUUGGAAAAUGCAUGUGUAAGCCAGGGUAUGAAGAGAAGAACAACACCUGUCAAGCAUGCCCACUGGGAUUCUUUAAGGAUUUGCCCCAGAAUCAGAUGUGUAGCAAAUGCCCGCCACACAGUUACACACGUGAAGAAGCAUCGACCUCCUGCGUUUGUGAAGAACAUUUUUUUCGAAAGGAAUCUGAUCCACCCACAAUGGCCUGUACAACACCAUCUCCGAUCACAAAUGUGAAAAAAGGGAAAAUUGCCAAAAAUAGCAUCUCUCUCUCCUGGCAAGAACCAGAUCGACCCAACGGCAUCAUCUUGGAGUAUGAAAUCAAGUAUUUUGAAAAGGAUCAAGAGACCAGCUAUACCAUCAUCAAAUCCAAGGAGACAAAAAUUACUGCAGAUGGCUUGAAACCUGCUUCAGCAUACGUCUUCCAGAUCCGAGCACGCACCGCAGCAGGGUAUGGUGGCUUCAGCCGGAGAUUUGAGUUUGAAACCAGCCCAGUGUUAGCUGCAUCCAGCGAUCAGAGCCAGAUCCCUAUAAUUGCUGUAUCUGUUACGGUGGGAGUAAUUCUGUUGGCUGUUGUUAUUGGUUUCCUUCUCAGUGGAAGGCGGUGUGGGUACAGCAAAGCUAAGCAAGACCCUGAAGAAGAAAAGAUGCAUUUUCAUAAUGGCCACAUCAAAUUACCAGGAGUAAGGACAUAUAUUGAUCCACAUACCUACGAAGACCCAAAUCAAGCUGUUCAUGAAUUUGCCAAAGAAAUAGAAGCAUCCUGCAUAUCAAUUGAAAGAGUUAUCGGAGCUGGUGAAUUUGGUGAAGUAUGCAGUGGGCGUUUGAAAGUGCCUGGGAAACGUGAGUUGCCGGUGGCCAUUAAAACCCUCAAAGUUGGAUACAGCGAUAAGCAAAGACGUGAUUUCUUGGGAGAAGCCAGCAUUAUGGGACAGUUUGACCAUCCCAACAUAAUUCACUUGGAAGGUGUUGUCACAAAGAGUAAACCAGUCAUGAUUGUGACAGAAUACAUGGAAAAUGGAUCUUUGGAUACAUUUUUGAAGAAGAAUGAUGGGCAGUUCACUGUAAUUCAACUGGUCGGCAUGCUCCGAGGAAUAGCAUCUGGGAUGAAGUACCUUUCUGACAUGGGCUAUGUCCACAGAGACUUGGCUGCCAGAAAUAUCCUAAUCAACAGUAACUUAGUAUGCAAGGUGUCUGACUUUGGACUUUCCAGAAUUCUUGAAGAUGAUCCUGAAGCAGCCUAUACAACAAGGGGAGGAAAAAUCCCAAUCCGAUGGACAGCUCCAGAAGCAAUAGCCUUCCGAAAAUUCACCUCUGCCAGUGAUGCCUGGAGUUAUGGGAUUGUGAUGUGGGAAGUGGUGUCCUAUGGGGAAAGACCUUACUGGGAGAUGACAAAUCAGGAUGUGAUUAAAGCUGUUGAAGAAGGAUAUCGUUUGCCAAGUCCCAUGGACUGCCCAGCCACGCUGUAUCAGCUUAUGCUUGAUUGCUGGCAAAAGGAACGGAACAGCAGGCCUAAGUUUGAUGAAAUUGUCUGUACGUUAGACAAACUCAUCCGGAACCCUAGUAGUUUGAAAACAUUGGUGAAUGCAUCAAGCAGAGUUUCAAAUUUAUUAGGUGAACACAGUCCACUGGGAAAUGGUGUCUACAGAUCUGUAGGUGAAUGGCUGGAAGCCAUAAAAAUGGGACGGUACACAGAGAUUUUCAUGGAAAAUGGAUACAGUUCUAUGGACGCUGUGGCCCAGGUGAACUUGGAGUGAGUAAAUUUCCUGAUCAUUUUCAUUGAAAUAAGAGAGGAUCCUCAUUGUUGGAAGCCAGUUAGAAAGAAAAGGUAGACAAUUGGGAGCAUUUGGAUUUUUUUGGACAAUCUCAUCUGAUUCUAUGGAAACUUCAUCAUUUAUAUCUUCCAUAAAUGAGAACGGACCUGUAAGACAACCAAACCUGUGGUUAUUACUGUUGUUUACAAUACAUCAGUUCCUUUGAGUUUGAACAAAGGUACAUCAUCCAGAUUCUGGCAUAUAGCUUGAUCCAGUUUUAUGUAAUAAAGGCACAAGUAUCCUGAUUCUUCAAUGGUGUGACUAAGAGAGUUUUGAAGAACAUGCUCUUCUGUUACAUGAGUGAGUGAAGUUUUGAUUUCACAAACAAGUAGAAGCGUCAUGAGGAUGGCCUUGUAGAAUUCACACACAUAUUCCAGAAUAGAGUCACAGCUUCUUGUUAGAGUGAGGAAGAAAUCAGCAACAGAGUCGGGCUGUAUUGCUUUGUUUGGGUUCUGUUGUAAUAUGGAAACACUAGGAAGACUGCAGUUCUAGGAGGAGAAUAGAUAUUAUUUGUUCCUCCUUGUCUUUGACGCUUUGACACAUUCUGUUAACCUGUCACCCCUGGGAUCAUUUCUUCACAGAAGCAACAGAAUGGCCCAUGGGGUAAGAAAUUUAGGGAGGAGAUUACUUGACCAGAAAGCUGAAAACAAAGGCAUAAGAAUAUUAUUUGCCUGCAUCUGAGACUGUUAAAUCCAGGUUUGUGGGGUUUGAUGGUUCCCUCACGCUUGACAUCUAAUAGGUUGAGAUGCUGGGCAUUAGAAAUAUUGUUAGAAAUAUGACAGUAGGUAAGGAAUAUCAGGAGAUUAAACAAAUUCUGUUCUUAUAGCUGGGACUAUGAGAUAUAGGGCAGGAGGCACAUAUCUUUGAAUUAUGUGCUAUUGACAAGGAUAUUCCCAACUCUGGCAGUGGUCUAGAGAAAAUAUUAUGAAACUCACCAGGCUCACCCAGUUCACUAAGCUUCUCUAGGCUCCUUAAGUUUCAGGAGACCCUUGCUAAUGACACCAGUUUUGAUUUUUCAAAAGCACUACUAGUCUCUUCAGUGGUGGACUGUACCCUUGCAUCUCUAAAAAAAAAUAUUGUCACCUCAAAAGUGUUUACAAACCAUUACUAUCCUGGCUAUAGUAGGCACUCUUUACGGUGUAAAAUGCACUUAAUAAUAUGUGCUCUAUUUGCUUUAUUUUUCUCACUUCAAAGCAGGUUCCUGAAAUAACAGAAAUAUAUAUUUAAAAUCCUUUAUCUUCUUAACUGCUUCUCAGCCUGUAGGUUGCAAAUAGUUUGCUGCAGGUCUCUGGCUGUUCUAAGAAACCUAACUUUAUCUACUUUCAUCCAUAUCAGAUGUAAGGGGUGAUUGGCUGCAGUGUGAAUUACGGAAGCCAUUUCUAAUUCAGUUAUCCACUCCAGAUGAGGGAAUUAAUUACUAUCUUCACCAGAACUCAGCAGAGCAGAAUGGGACUCAUUACCAGUAAUUGCAGUGACCUGUUUACAAAUUACCAGAUUCUAAUGCUAUAUCACAAAGGUUGAGCCCUGGAACCAUCAUUUUGAGAUCUAGUAUAGAUUUCUGACAGAACAUUAACUAUGACCACUGAUAACUGGGUGAAAGAACCCAUCCAAAGUGAAACAAUGGUGAAGAAAAAAACAGGAUUUUUUUUGCUUCUUAGUUUUGUCUCUGGAUUAUAUUUAAUUGGGAAAUCUCAGGUUGUGGUUAGACAGCCAACAACCAAUACUAUCACCUCUCACAUGUAUUGUGUGGUAUGGCUAUUUUUAAUUAUUCAUUUUUGCUUCCUUAUGUCAAAAUUAAUGAUAAAAUUUCAAUUGAGAAAAAACAUAGACCUUUCUGUUUUAAUGGUUAAAAAGAAAAAUAAAACACACAUUGUGUUCUGCAUUCGUACACCCUCUUUGUUAAUUUUGAGUAACCUGAAACUGUCUUUUAUGUAUUGUGAAUUUGAUCACUCCAGGCAAGAACUAAAAUAAUUCUGCCCUUCAAAUAAGGCAAACUGUAACUUGGGGCAGGUGCGUCCUGUAUUUUUGCAUGCACUUCUUUGCUGAGUUGAACCUAAAUUUGUGAAGUACAAAGAGCUCUAAACUGGUAUACUAAAUAGUUUUUGCAUUUCUCUUAAAUGACAAUGUACAUGUAUUUGUGCCUGUACAGUACUUGAGCAUUGAUUACCGUUUUGAUACUUGAUACUGUAUUUCCUCUUGGGUGACAGAGAUAAGAGUUUCUUUUAGAAACCAUGCCCCAAUUUGCUUUCAAAAAUUCACCUGCCCAGUAAAAAUGAACACAAACAAUGUUAUCUGCUGGUAUUUCUUUCUGAACAUGGCUAUAUUUGCAGGAGCUUAUUUCCCAUUAGCAAUUGUUUUGUUUAUUCACUGAAUUGUAGUUGUGAAGGAGAAUCAUCUCCAGUGUCAGUGAAGUUCUAAUGUUCAGAUACUUAAAAUCUAGUCCAAGUUUUAAGUUCCAUACAGUUUUCUUAGAAUGUGGUUGUAAACUUCUUGUAUUUGCAAAGUUUUCAAAGGAAACAGGUUUAUGAACAGAGAGAAAAUGCACCAAUAUUUUCUUACAAUUUAUUCUGUAGAACAACAACUAGGACCCACUCUUGUAGAGGCUAAAUGUUGCACCAUUUCUACUGUUACUACUCAAUGUCUACAGACUAAUGGCAUUUGCUGCUGUUCCUUGGACAAUUUGUAGGGGGAAAGAGAAACAGUUGUAGGUAAUGGGCACAAAUAUGGUGCCAGUCUCUAGCACCUUGGAAAAAAUAAUUGCUAGCCAGUCACAUCAGAAUGGCCGAUACAUCACACACAUGAGACAUUUUAAUAGCCAUCCUAUACCUACAGAAAACUCUGAAGAUUAUUCCUUUUGCAUCAAUUCCCCAAAGUUUUUACCAGAGGAGGGUUUUUUUAAACACACUCAUGAAACUAACAUUUCUAGGAAUCUCUGAUAAGAGUUGACCCAUACAAUGUUACAUUUAUUAUUUCCUAAAAUGUGUUAUAUGAUUGAUGUAAUCCCAUUAAUUCAUAGACAAUUUUACUGCAUCCCCUGAAAAUGAGGAGUUCCCUGGCAUACUUAAACGCAACCAAAACAAUGGAGAUGCAUUGAAUGAAAGUGGUUUAUUUAUUUCGUGUCAAAAGCAUUGUACAACAAAUACAAAUGAAAGUGGUAAACCACAUUUUGCUUCACUGGCUCCCUGGAGCAACCCAACUAUCAAGAUUUUAGUUGAGCCAAACUUCAAUAGUUGGAGAAUGAAGAAUUUAGUAUUUUUCUCAUUGCCACGUUGAAUCUAGAGAUUGCAAAUAAUUUUGCUUCUGCUUGUGUUUUAUAAAAAUUUACCAAAUUAUGCAAUAUUUCCAUAUUUGGAAAGGAAAAAUCUUUGGAUUUUAAAAAUGUGAAUGUAGCAGGAACUGAAGUUGAAAGAUAAGUCAAUUGGGGUCUUUAAUGCUUGGGUCAAGUCUGGAUUUCCAUCUCUGUGUAUUCAGCCAUGCUAGUGUAAAUUAGCAUGUGUAAAUAUUUUUGGGAGAAAGGUGGUUAAUCUCUAACACUUAUUUGGCAAGCAGGCACAGUAUAGACCCUUUCAGGCAGGAAAUAGCUUGCCCUAUUUAAUUUGGCUAAUAUACAUGUAGAGAAUUUUGAGACAUUUAGGAAGAUUUAGAAAUUUUUAUACCUAGAAUGGAAAUAGCCUCAAGUCUCAGAAAAUCUGGUUGUAGGAAAAAAGCUAAAAUGGCAGAUUUCCUCAAUUUGUUGGGUCACCAGCUCCUGUAUAUUUUUGAUAAUGAGUUAUGAAACUCCCUUUACUUAAUAGCAUAGAAUUUCACUAUAAGAAACUUUCCUCCCUUUUUGCCUUCUUAGUUUACCUUAUAGUUAUACCUUAACUGUAUAACAGCAGAAAUAUUGUGAAAACACUGUUCAGGGCAGAAUAUUAAGAUAACAUAUUUUGGUUUCCCAUUUUAAAAAAAAGAUGCUAUGGAAUACUGUUUUAUCUGUGGAGCAAAGUACUAUUCUGUAUAUAUAUUAAGGAAACAUGUCUGGAACUUAGCUGUGUGUCACUGAAGCUUUUGCUCUGACAUGUUCAGCAGAAUGAGGUAGAACACAGACUGAGAUGGAACAUAUAAUGGGAUAGAAUAACUUCAUACUCCAGACAGAGCACCACUGCUUCUUAUAUUGUUAUUUAGAACCAAUCACAGAUAGAAAAUUAAGAGUGCUGGUCUAAAUUUCAAGAAACAUCAUGAACACAAAGAAGGCAAUUCUUGCUACGUGAUAGUUGGAGCAUAUGUCUUAAAUACUUGAAUAUGCCAAAGCUGACCAUGGGAGUAAUCAUAUAUUUUAUUCCAGGGCAUCUCAACAAAAUCUCAAACAAAAGUUUGGUCAUAGUUUGGGAUGUGAUUUAACAAUACUAAUAUUAUACAUUAUUUUGCAACCACUCAGUAGAAAUUUUAAAAAGAAUUUUUGCCAACAGAAUUACUAAUAAAAACUAAAAUAAUCUCAUUUUAAGUAGUCUGAUCCAUAUGUGUAUUAAAUCAAGCCAGUUUACCUUCAGUCACCUCAGCCCCAAGAUUUUCCAUCUUUUUCAAGAUCUGUAAUUUUUUCAUUACAUAAGAAACUAACAUGUAUCAUGUUACCAUUCUUUAAAAAAAAGUUUAAAAGAUAAUUAUACGUAUAAUUCUUUUGUAUCAGAGUUUCAACUAUGUUUCAGCUAUUAUUUUGGACAAGGCUUCUUUGGUCUACUUCAGCUGUUAAAGCAGAAGCAAAACAGGCAAGGUACAAGUUGCCUGUACAUCAUCUUUGACCCAGGUUUUGUAUCACAUAUAGACUAGCUGUUUCUAGACAAUUUUUUAUGUUUUGUUAUGAAGUUGAAUUGCCUUGUUUUGAGGAGAUUCCUGGAUUGUAAUAAUUCCUGGAUUGUAAUAAAUGUAUGUUUGGAACAUACCUAUAUAUCCUAAAACAUAUACUUUUAUAUGUGUUCACAGGCAAAUUAAUAAGACUACUUUAAAUUAGUUAUUCUUCCAUUUGGCAGCCAUAACCUGGUUGAUUUGGACCAGAGGAUGAUAUCGUUUCCAAAAGAACAGAGAUGUGUUGCACUUUAUUAAAAAUGGCAUUGCAUACUGGAACUCCCAUGAAACCUUUUAAUGCUUUAUAAAAGGGGAAACCCUCCAAAAUUCACAUUUAUUUUGUUUACAGUGACAUUUGGAUAACUGUUCUAGAAAGAAAGUUGCAAAGUUAAGAGCAUUGGGUCCGAAUCUCUUAUCAAUAUAAAUUACCUUCAGUCCUUUAAUACCAUCACAAUUUAUAAAGGUUGAAAAGCUGAGAACUUUGGGGAAAGAAAUAAAAUCUUGUUUGAUUUGAUUGUGUCUCUAUUCUAUAACCGUGAAAAAAACCCUUAGGUUUUUUUGUUUUGUUUUUUAAAACGAUUGUUAAUCAUUUGUUUUGAAGAAGGGGGAAAUGGAAACUUUACAAGAUUUGAAUGUGUUGUGACAUGUUCAAUGAGGAUGACUAUUAAUUUUGUUCCAGAGCUGGGACUUGGGGGAUCAAAUAAAAAUCAUAAGUGAACUCCUUAGAAUAGGUUUUAUCAUUGAAACUGCAGUGAUAAAACUUGGUUUAAAAUUGGUUCUAAAUCAGUCUCUGUAAGAGGCAAACGUAUGUGUCUGCCAUGUGUUACUUAGGCAAAUGAGCAAGUAAAAUGAUGUUGCCCAACCCCAAGAUUUUUAAGUGUACCUGGUGGUUUUAGUUGACUUUUAAUGUGAGUACCCAACUUGAGACUCAUGCAAAAGGACAUUGGUGUAAUUUAGGGUACACUGCCUUUUGGAGUUGUUGCAAGCUGUCUGCUCACAACCUGAGUCACCUGAAACAAUUUGAAAAUCUUGGUGGCUUCCUUGCAGUAGUUGAGUCAAGAACUCUGUUUGCCAGCAAGAUCCAGCCUAUUCUCAGCAAGGCUGUGUUUUUAAUGGUCACAGAUCAAAAAUAUUGAGCUCUUGUGGCUAUUGCCCCAAGUCCUGUGCUCUGUUUAAGCUGCCUGACUACAGGUCUGACGAUCAGUGUAUUCCACAAUUCAUUCUGCCAUGUAGUUCUAAUUCUAGCAAAAGAGUUGGAUAUCGUGUUUUCCACCUAUGCUUCCGUCUGGAUUAUCAGACUGUUAACCACAGGAGAGAGAAACAACUAUUUUCUAAACUUGUGGACAAUCUUUGGUGGCUUUGAGUGUCUUCCCUUCCCUACUCAGCAAGGAUAACUUUGCCAGAACAACCAGCAAAAAUAGCUAGCUCACAAGACUGGCUUCUUUUAGUCGUGUACUUAGCUGGACUUUAAUGGCUAACAUCAAAAGGUGGACUUCUUCACAUCUCCCUUUUGAAAGAAAUGUACUCACUGAAUCUCAGGACACCUUGUUGCUUGUCAUCCAGUGGACGGCUCUGAAUACUUGUAACAGUUCUGUGUGUCUGUUGUGUUAUGUUGUACUUGUUUCUUUUUCCUUUUACAAUAAAUGUUUAUUUAUAAUUUAAAAAUCCCUCACUCAAUGAAAAACUGUACCAAGAAUUCACCGGCUCUUGCUUUUUAUUCCUCACUUUUCAUUUUAUGAAAUGAUUAUUUCAAGACCAAUUGUGAUGCCCCUCUGUUGUCAGGAAGGGGAUAAACAACAAGAGCAGAUGAACAUUUUAUAUUUCAUAAAGAAUCUUUAAGAACUGGGCUGGCAAAAAUAUGUCCCUGAAUCCACAAUUCCUUUCAGGAAAUUUUCAUUUCAGAAAUAGGGUUGCCAGAGUCCACAUCUGUCAUCAGACAUACAUUUAUAUUUAUGAAAACCAGACAUAUUUAAUUUGUUGAACAGUCAGUUUCCUAUUCUUGAUUGACUGCUUGGAAAGGUUUAGUAAAUACCAAAGAAAAUCUGACUCUAAGGUUUUUUUUCAUGUUUCUAUCUCUGAUGGCAAUGAAAUGUGUUGAGAAAUACAUAGUUUCACACUACGUUCAUCUGUCUGUAACAGUUCUGAAGAUGGAGCUGUGCUUGUUUUCCUACUGAAUCUGUAACCCAACAGUUGGAUGUUUUUAAAAAGGGAACAAAUAAAUUCUAAAACCUCAUGCUUCA